AUGAUGGACGCGCACGAAAUUGAACAGUUCUUCGCAGAACAAGAGGCAAUCAUGAGAAUGCCUGACGGUGACAUAGAUUCGCAUAUUGCUACCAUUCCAGCGGCGUCUCACCGAAACACGAACAGCGAACCUGGAAGGGAGGACGGACUUCCCAACGACACCGUCAAAUUGCCUAGUGGUGGUGCUGAGUCAGUUCCCCAGCACGAGCUGGCCUUCCAAUCGAAGCCAACGAGCGGGCGGAAACGGCUUCCUAGCGACGAUAUAGAAUCCCGUUCAAAACGACCCAGGACCUCUCCCGCGCCCCCAAAACAAAGCAAGGCCCGUGUACCAGAAGGAUUCAAGUGCGCUCUCCAGCUCAACAUUGAACCUAUCCCUAAUUACGAUGCCAAGGCCCAAGCUCCACAAGACGCGACGUGCAGGGAGGAUACAUUUGCGUCUGAGUCUCCUGCACCUUUUGAUGUCACCGAAGACAUAAGCGUGUUCACUGAACCGACGGUCGGUUUUACCAAACCCCAGUCCCCACAGCGCCGCAUUGGGAACAAACGCUCCGCCAGGCAGGAGCCACAAGUGCAAGCCAACGGCAAAAAUGGAACGAAGAAGGCUCUACAAUUUGUGCAGCUUCAGGGAGGCGGAGUGAGUAGCAAGUUAGGAGCGGCAGCUCUGAGUUCUUCACCCAUUGAAGAGCCCACACCUUUGCCAUCGAAUGACAAACCAAAAACCCGCAAGGCCAGCCCUGACUCCCCUUUGAAAGGUGUCGAGCGCCAGAUGUCGGCCCACGCGACCACUAAUAAAGGAACGAAAGUGGUAAAGUUAGCAGACCGCGCGAAGAAACACCCUGAAGCAGGACCCUCAUCUAUAGCAGAUCUAUCGUCGAGCUCACGCACCGCCGACACUGUAGAUUGUGCGGAACCAGGCCCUUCAAAGGGAAAGAAGGUCCCCGCCAAAGCAUCCGCGAAGGUGGCCAAAUCCGUAACAAAGACCAAGGACAAGAGCAAGAAAGGCCCCAAAUGCACCCCAUACGAAUACGCUCUUUCGCUUCAAGAGAAGAUGUUACUUAGAGCCGAAAAGCCUAAAGAGCAUAAAUUUCAAUUUCUCAAAGGAAAGGUCUUCUUCUACAUCGGAAGUGAUAUGAUUUACGCGAGCCAGUCCACCCGUGGCCGCAUGGAUUACGUACGUGCCCUGCUCUCGGAGAAAUAUCACCAUCAAUCCUCACACGAAGUACAGAUUGUCAGACAUGGAGGCACCCUCCUCCCUGCCUACGAUCCUGCUCGUCUUACCCACAUUGUUACCGAUACAGUGAAAGCGUCGACUUUACGCGCCCUUGGCGUGAAAUCCCUGCGAGAAGUCCCGAAGCGCAUUCCCAUUGUUACAUGGACUUGGGUAUCAGCGGGGCUUGGGAGGAAGCGGCGAGCCAACAAUCAAAGUCGAGAUGAAUCGGAAAUUGAAAUUGACGACGUGUUUGAACACGCUGCUUUCAACAGCGAAGUCAGCUUUUAUGCGGAAACCUAUGGAAGGGGCAAACAACCUUCGCGCGUGGCUAAGGGUGAUACUGUUAUUGAUCUCAAUGAAAUUGAAGGAGAGUGUGUAGAGAAUGGUUCAAGCCGUAACUCGUCGUUCACACCAACUAUCCCCAAGGGUUCAAAACCUCAAACAUCAGGGGGUAAUUCGCCUUCACCACGCUGGUCGGAUUUAGAAGCGUCCACAGAACCAGGCAGCUUACGCUUGAAUAAGGAAGACCCGUUCGCGAAGUUUUACGAACAAGCACAGGCUGAACUCGAGGGAGAAUCUUCCGCUCCUUCUGGGACCGAGGCCGAGGACAACGAUGAAAGUGAUCCAGGGACUGAUGAUGAAGAUUUCAAGCCAUCGCAUCCUCCUAUCAAGAGAGGAUUCGCGUGCGAUAGAAAGGAACCUCAACUAAUCACGAGUCCGAAUCAGGAUGUUGUCGACAAGAUCCAACAAUUGAUGAAUCUUCAUAAAGCCAAGCCAAGCGUAGAAGACAGAUGGCGGGUCUUUAGUUAUGGAAAAUGCACGCCUCUCCUCAGUCUAAGGGCGUUGCGCAACCAUCCUACCCGCAUCAAAUCAUUUAAGGAAGCAAGAUCCAUUCGCGGUGUGGGUGAGAAGACGGCGCGAAAGAUCAUGGAGAUUCUGGAAACCGGCGAUUUGAAGCGUAUUGGAUAUGAACGCACAGAAGACGUAGAGGUAUGCUCCCUCUUCCAAGGAGUGUAUGGUGUUGGGCAAUCUACAGCACAAAAAUGGUACGCUAAUGGAUGUAGGACACUUGAGGAUUUGAAGAACGGCAAAAGCGGAGUAAAACUUUCUCCCGCUCAGGAAAUUGGGUUAAAAUUCUACGAUGACAUAAACGCCCGGAUGCCUAGGGAUGAGGCCAAAGCCCUCUUCGAUCUGAUUAAGCCCAUCGCGCUGAAUAUUGACCCCGAUUUAUUUGUGGACAUCAUGGGUAGCUAUCGAAGAGGGAAGUCCACUUGUGGGGAUAUCGAUAUACUGAUUACUCGCAACCCCGCUGACGGAAAGACACAUGCUGGUGUUUUGCCCACUCUGUUAUCAAAACUACACGAAAUCGGAAUCAUAACAGAAGACUUGGCAAUUCCAGAGGGGGAUGACGAAGAGAACGUUUACCGCGGUCUGUGUAGACUCCCCGAGCCAGGCUCUCGGCGGCGGCGAAUUGACUUUCUGACCGUUCCCUGGACAUCUCGCGGCGCAGCGUUGCUAUAUUAUACGGGCGACGAUAUCUUCAACCGGGCAAUGAGAUAUAAAGCUAACGUUAUGGGAUACUCACUCAACCAAAGAGGGCUGUAUUCCGGCGUGGUGCGCGACCCCCAAGACCGACGGAUCAAAACCAAUAAAGGGUCAUUGAUAGCUUCGGAGACUGAACAAGAAAUAUUCAGGAUAUUGGGCGUGCCAUGGCAAGAGCCACAUGAGCGCUCCGAUGUUGUACUAUCCGCACCAUGGACUAUUGGUUACUGUAGCAUUCGCUAUGCAUCAUCAUCACCAAGCCCCGAGUCUCGACAUACUGCUCACUAUGAGAGCUUGGAUACUAAUGCCGAGGCUCUGAUGCAGAGGAUGGUCAAAAUCGUAUAUAAUAUGCUCAUCCAACGCGGUACGUACUCACUUCAGUACAGCACCUCUUCCGGCAUUAUGUGGGCGGCCAUAAUCGCCACGAUUCCCCUUGCACUUUCGGCGACUGCCAAUGCAUUCGCAGGAGACGCAACGUUCUUCGCUCCAGGACUAGGCGCCUGCGGCGCCGUCAGCCAACCCACGGAUCUCAUUGUUGCGCUUUCUCCUGCCCAGUUUGCUGGAGGUGCCAAUUGCUUCCGCCACACUGGCAUUAACUACGGAGGGAAAUUCAUCGAUGCCACAGUCGUCGACCUCUGCCCUGGAUGCGCCGGGGAUAGUAUCGAUCUAUCUCCCUCAGCGUUCCAAGCGCUUGAGAAUCCGGAUGUCGGCAGAAUCCAGGUCAACUGGAACUUCGAGUGA